CAUUCAAAGAAAACAAAAAGGAAGAACCCUAGUUAGCCUCCACCGCCGCCGAACGAAGUGACCGAUUGUCGCCGUCCGUGGCUGUCCGAGGAGUCUUUCUUUGUACUGUUGGUGUUUUCCAAGUCAGAUCCCCUUUUUGAUGUCUUCUUCAUCACUCGGCGCCUAUCCUCCGUCGGAUUUUUCCUGCUCGCGUUCGUCUUGUCGCCGUCGUCUCGGCGUCAUUGUCUCGAAGAUUACACGGAAAAAAAAAACCAAUUACUUGGAACACUUGCACACAAACAUGCCCAGUCCUAACAGCAGCUUCCCAAUGGAUCCUUCGUUGGAUCUUUUCCCUGUUCUCAGAACCUUGGUUGUAAUCAUGUUGGAUUUUGAUAGGAACAUAAAGAUUCUUGCAAUCCUUACAAAUACUGGAGCUGAACAGUGCUGUGACUCUCUAUAAGUAUGGCAUAGGUAUGAUCUUAUCAAGUGUAUCAAUGCUGGUUCAGCGCAUAAGGUGUGAAAACUCAAAGUAUGUGUCAUUAGACUUUGGACCGUUUCUCAAUUUGCAAGAUCUGGGAUGAAGGCACCUAUUGAGAUGGUUGUCCUUGAUGAAGAGGGAGAUACAAUUCAAUGCACUGUAAAAGACAUAUUUGUUCCUAUCUUCGAGGGCUUACUCGCUGAGGGCAACGUGUACGUGGUCACUAAUUUUGGAGUUGUUUUGAAUACCAUCAAGUUCAAGCCUACUAGACACGAAUUUAGGAUCCAUUUCAAGAGGGACACGAUUGUGCGUCUGGUACAGAAUUCUUCAGUUCCAUUGAACGGAUUCAAUUUUGUUCCGUUCAAAACAAUUCAAUCAGAGUCUAAAGAAGAUGGUUAUUUAGUUGAUGUGAUAGGUCAGCUUGCUUCUAAGGGUAACUUGGUCAAAUUCACACGGGACGGGAAGCCGUCAAGUUAUAUCACCAUAGAACUUGAUGAUCUUGAGGGUGGACAGAAAUUAAAGGUAACAUUGUGGCAGUCUUUUGCUUUUGAAUUGCUCAAAUAUCUGGAGGAACACCCGUGUCUUACCUAUGUGGUUAUUCUCCAAAUUGGCAAGAUGAAAUUUUAUAGCGGGGUCAUGGGUGUAUCCAACACAAACUACAAUUCGAAAGUGUUUAUCAAUGUUGAGUUUCCAGCUGUCAGGAAUUUCUUUACGAGGGUGAACAAAUUGGAUCCUGUUGACGAACAAGGCAUAAUGCCGCUGGUCUGUGAUCAACCUGUUUCAGAUGAGGAAGAUUUUUUGCGUCUAUCAGUCUACAAAACAAUUGCAGAGAUAAAGGAGCAUAAUCAGGAUGCUGUAUUUGUUACAGCCGGGAUGAUUAAAGAAGUUGAGACUGAAUUUGGUUGGUGGUACAAAGGAUGUAAGAAGUGUCGUCGUGACUUGAGGGAACUUGAGAAAAGAUAUUUCUGUCCCAAUUGUAUUAGAGACUACGGGUUCUAUGAGCCAAGGUACAUCAUCCACAUAAGGGUGAUAGACCACACCGAUGCUGCCUCUUUUGUUUUGUUCGAUGGAGAAGCUGCAAAGUUUCUUGGAGUUUCUGCUAAUGACCUUAGGCAGUCUUGUGUGACUAAGGGUGUUGAGAAAAAUUCCUGUCCCGAAGAAAUUAAUAAGCUUAGGGAUAUUAAGUUCAUCUUCAAAGUGCAACUCAAGAUGAGGAAUCUGAACUCUUAUGAACCAUAUGUGAUUCAUGUGCUGAGAAUGACUAAUGAGAAUUCUCUGAUCUCUGCCUUCCUGGAUAAAUACAAUCCUGACACUGGCCUUUUGUCCCAUAAAAAUUCUGAACUAUUGAGUUUGUCUACUGGUCCAUACGACACUUCUAAGGCUUGUGAGAGUGAGCCAACUCCAUCACCUGCAGUUGAUGAGAAACAUAAUUCUAAGAUUCUCGGAGCUAAGAAACAUAUUGAAGAGAUUGGAGAGGAGUGGGUUGUGGUGGAGGACUAAAUCAACACGCCUCUA